AUGACGUCACUGCAACUUCGUGGACAUGCUAAGGGAGCCAUUACGCGUGCGACGAAUUUUUGUGAAUCUCUUACGGGCGAUGAAGAUUUACCGAUGUUAGAAGUCAGAUUAGAAAAAUUAGAAAUCGCGUGGAAAGACUUUUCGUUCCACCAUAUUUCGUCUUUGGAAGGUUUAGACGAGCAAGCAGUUUUUACGCUUGAAGCAGAAUUUGAAGAAUACGAAAUGAAAUAUUUUGGUGCACAUACGAAAUUUACGAAAGCUAUUCGGGAAAAACAGAGUGUUGAUAAACAAAUUAAUCUUGUCGAGGAGCUUGCCCAAAAUCAAUCCUCAUUUCUAAGCAAACUUAAUUCGUCUAGUAAAUCUUCGAAUGUAAGCCUUCCUAAAAUUAACAUUCCUCCAUUUUCCGGCAAUUACAAAGAUUGGCCUACAUUUCGCGACAUGUUUAUCGAUACGGUAGAUACAAAUGAUAAGCUUACCUCUACUCAAAAAUUUCAUUUCUUAAAAUCUUUUUUGCGAAACGAAGCUGCUGAUCUUAUCAGCCAUAUAUCCCCCACCGAUGCUAAUUAUAUUGGGGCAUGGACAAAACUCGAAAAACGGUAUAAUCGCGUAAACUUACUCGUACAUUCCCUUAUACAAUCGUUCGUUUCACUGCCUACUAUGUCUUCGUCAAAUCCAGACACCUUACGAAAAAUUACGGACGGUGCCGAUGAAGUUAUUCGUGGUCUUCAGGCAGCGAAGAAAGAAACGCGUGACCCUUGGAUUAUUUUUCUGCUUCUCAACAAGCUCGAUGAGGCAACCAGACAUGCUUGGGCUAAAAAAGUAGGUUCUCGGGACGACUGUAAAGUGCAGGAAUUGCUUGAUUUUCUUGAAUUACGAUGUGAUGCGUUUGAAUCUUGCACUCCGAUGAACACUCCGGGUACAUCGCGAAAAAAGCAACCGACUUCAAUUCGCUCAUACGUAGCUGAGUCAGCAGGACAAAACCCUAAGUGCUUCAAAUGCAAAGGUGAUCACAAACUAUCAGAGUGUCCUUCGUUUAUUUCGCUAAGUAUUGAUUCUCGUCGGAAAUUUCUUAAAGACAAUUCAUUGUGUUUUAAUUGCCUUCGUUCUGGCCACGCAUCUUACAAAUGCUUUAGCCAUUUUCGUUGUCGAGUCUGUAAAUCGCGGCAUCACUCACUUGUCCACUCCAAUCAAUCUAGUGGUCCUGAAUAUUCUUCGAAAGGGAAAUCUUCUUCCGAUUUUCCUGUAGACAACUCAAAUGCUGACGUUACCUCCGGUGUUCCUAUUGCUAGUUCUGAUUCUCCCUUGUUGACCAACCAUUCUCUCAAUUUUGGUUUUCCAAAGCAAACAUUUUUGCCUACCAUUCUCUCCUAUGUUCGUAAUCAUCAGGGUGAACUAAUAAAAUGUAGAGUGUUACUAGACACAGGGUCACAGUCUUCAUUCAUUACAGAAGCAUUAGCUCAACGUAUUGGUCUUCGUCGAAAACAUUCUCGAAUACCUAUUUUAGGACUUUCUUCUGCAAAUGCUGGUCACACUAACGGAUAUAUGUCAAUUUCAUUGGCUUCGAGGGUUAGCAACACCGUUCUACAGUGUGAUGUACAUAUUUUGAGGAAACUAACUUCUAACUUACCAACUCAAUCUGUUGAUAGUUCGUCGUGGGCCUAUAUUCAAGGGUUGGAACUAGCUGAUCCACUAUUUAAUAUUUCGAGUUCGGUAGAUAUUUUACUAGGAGCAGACAGAGUUUGGUCGAUUCUAAAACCAGAACAAAUCAUAGGCCCAGAAGGAAGACCGUUGGCGCAGAAUACUUCCUUUGGAUGGGUCAUUACAGGAGAAUUCGUUUUUAAUCAAAUUUCUUGCGUUGGCAUAUGCAAUGCCGAAUCAUCUGUUGAUACUGAUUAUCUCUUGCAACGCUUUUGGGAACUGGAGGAAGUUUCCACAGUCAGGAUCCAAACAGAUAAUGAUCCUGCUGAAUUAUUAUUUCGUAAAUUUGUUUCUCGCUCUGAAGACGGUAGAUAUAUUGUUCCUUUACUUUUGAAAACUCCAUCGCCUUCUUUUGGUAACACACUAGCUGCCGCCAUGUCUCGGCUAAAUUCUAUGGAGCGUCGAUUUCAAAAAAACCCUGACUUAGAGCGACAAUAUAGAAAGUUUAUGGAAGAUUACUUAAGUCUUGGUCAUAUGGAAAGCGUACCUGAUGAUGAGGCAAAAUCUUCCCAUGGUCGACAUUUUUAUCUUCCACAUCAUGCGGUGUUUAAGCCCGACAGUUCUACGACUAAGCUUCGGGUCGUUUUUGAUGGCUCAGUCGGUGACUCAACUGGGCAGUCUAUUAAUAGCCAUUUAUACAUAGGUCCUCCUAUACAAAGAGAUCUUUUCGGAGUUUGUCUUCGUUUCCGCCAGCAUCGAUUCGUAUUUACAGCCGAUAUAGUAAAAAUGUUUCGACAGAUUUUGAUCCGAAAACCCGAAACAGACUAUCAGCGUAUUGUCUGGCGAAAUUCUCCUAGCGAAAAUGUGAAACACUUUCGACUCAAAACUGUAACUUAUGGAACUUCUUCAGCUCCAUUUUUGGCUGUUCGUGUCUUGAAACAGCUUGCUGAGGAUUAUCAAGUAACACAUCCUAUUGCAGCUCGAAUUCUUUUGAACGAUGUCUACGUUGAUGACAUCAUGACGGGAGCAAACUCUAUUGAAGAUCUUAUGAGAAUUCAGUCAGAACUUGUAGAACUUCUAUCGUUAGCCAAAAUCCAACUUAGUAAGUGGAGUUCAAAUUGCUGGAGUCUUCUGGCUAAGAUACCAUCAGAAGAUUGUGAGUAUUCUUCUUUGGAUUAUGAAAAGUCGUCUUCCUUCAUCAAGGUAUUAGGAAUGUUCUGGAACCCAAGCAAUGAUGUCUUUUCAUUUCGUUUCAAUCAACCUAAGCUUAACCAAUCUCUAACAAGAAGAACUCUUCUAUCGGAAGUUGCACGAAUAUAUGACCCGUUAGGUUUUUUGGCUCCAUCCGUGAUCAUCUUUAAAAUUAUGUUCCAAGAACUUUGGUCAUCAGAACUUAAAUUAGGAUGGGAUGACCCGCUUCCACAAAGGAUAACUACCCAAUGGAUGAACCAUCGAGAUGAACUUCCUUUGUUUCGGGACAUUCGGGUACGACGUAAUAUAUUUUCUGAAAAGGACAUAGAACUUCACGGGUUUUCGGACGCCUCUACGUUGGCAUAUGCAGCCGUUGUGUAUGCGCGAUCAAGAACGGUCUCGGGUGAAGUAAAAGUGACAAUAAUCGCGGCGAAGACAAAGGUGGCUCCUUUAAAACCUCUUUCUAUUCCCCGAUUAGAGCUCUGUGGAGCCCUUCUUUUAUCGAAACUUUUAAAACUCAUAAAAUCUUUUUUGAAUGUUCACAAAUCUAUUAGAGUAUGUGCGUGGUGUGACUCAGAAAUAGUGCUUCAUUGGCUUAAUUCACCUCCCCGUCGGUGGACAACGUUCGUGGCAAAUCGCACUUCAACUAUAUUGGAAACGGUUCCAAGUCAUUCGUGGAGGCACAUUGCUUCGCAAUCCAACCCAGCUGAUUGUGCGUCGCGCGGUGUUUCCCCUUCUGAACUCGUAAAUCAUAGUCUAUGGUGGUCUGGUCCUUCUUGGCUAUCCCAAUCGGAAGAACGUUGGCCAAUUCAUUCUAAGCGUUGCACAUAUAAUGAAGUUGCUAAUAAGGAUCCAGUUCAACUCGAGGCCAGACCAUUGCCUACUAAUAACUUUGUUUCGUGGUUUUAUGCAAGCGUUAUUCAAGACAUUAUUGACAAUAUAUCUUCGUGGCAUCGGUUAAUUAGAGUGCUUGCAUAUAUCCGUCGUUAUAUAUCAAACUUACGCGUGAAAUCAACUGGCGUUCGCGUUUCAGGUGGCUUGAAAUUCCAUGAAAUUCAUUCUGCAAAAAUUUCUGUCUUAAAACAUGUGCAGCUGACUUCUUAUCCCAGGGAAAUAGACGACUUGCUUAAAACUAAGACUUUAUCGCCGAAGUCAAAUUUACUAAAAUACUCUGCAUUUUUGGACAGCGAUGGACUCUUACGCGUCGGCGGUCGUAUAAAACAUGCAGCAGUUUCAUAUAAUAUUAAACAUCCUAUAAUACUUCCAAAAACUAAUAAAAUUUCUUUCCUUAUAGUAGAGGACAUUCAUUACAGAUAUAUGCAUGCUGGAGUGUCGGAAACAUUUACAUUUGUGCGGCAGCAGUUUUGGAUAAUGGGUAGCCGAAACAUUGUAAGAAAGGUGAUACAUCGCUGCAAACCAUGCUUCAUGCAGCGCAAAGCAACUUGUGAGCAACUCAUGGGAAACCUUCCACUUCAACGGAUUCAGCCGAAUCGAGCGUUUACAGACACAGGUUGUGAUUACGCUGGCCCGCUCACAAUCAAACUUAAUCGAGGUAGAAAACCGAAACUGCUGAAGGCCUAUAUUGCACUCUUCAUAUGUUUUUCGACCAAAGCAAUACACUUAGAGGUUGUAAGUGAUCUCACUACUGAUGCGUUCCUUGCCGCUCUGCGUCGAUUUGUUUCCAGACGUGGACUGUGUCGGAACAUUUACAGUGACAACGGAACAAACUUCCAAGGAGCAAAACGUUGCCUCUCUGAAAUGCAUCAACUGGUACUGUCCCAAAAGCAUAACGAUACAGUAAUCUCAUCGCUUGCAAAGGAUGGAAUUGCCUGGCAUUUCAUUCCACCCUCCGCACCUCACUUCGGUGGGUUGUGGGAGUCAGGUAUACGAUCCGUAAAGCUUCACCUUCGACGUGUCAUUGGGUCUACAAUAUUGACCUUUGAAGAGUUAACGACAGUAACUUGUCAAAUCGAAGCUAUCUUAAACUCUAGACCUUUAUGUUGUCUCUCUGAUGUGGAUUUAAACCCUUUAACACCUUCUCAUUUUCUCAUAGGUGAACCAACAACAGCUGUGCCUGAGCCGAGUCAACUCGAAACCCCAACAAAUCGUUUGACCCAUUGGAAUUUUUUGCAAAACAUGGUUCAAGGAUUCUGGAAGCGGUGGCAGCAGGAGUAUCUUACGAGUCUCCAAGAACGACCCAAAUGGCAAAAACAACUUCCAAAUCUGAAACCAGGUGAUAUUGUGGUAAUUAAAGAGCCAAACUUACCACCAACAAAAUGGUUGCUGGGCCAGAUUGAAAAUGUUUCACCGGGUGCUGAUCAACUUGUUCGUGUGGCCACUGUACGAACGUCAAAUGGAACAUUUACUCGACCUAUAGCUAAAUUGGCCAUCCUUCCACUGUCCUGA